UUUCAUUUAAAAUCGGGUCUGGAAUGAACCCUUUGCACUUGACAUCUUUGAACCACGUAUCAAUGGUAUGUAGAUCAUUGGAGAACUCCAUCGAUUUCUACACGAAUGUUCUUGGUUUCAUCCCGAUUAGAAGACCGGGCUCCUUCAACUUCAAUGGUGCAUGGUUGUUCAACUAUGGUAUUGGUAUACAUCUAUUGCAAUUGGAAGAAUCAGCUCUAGACAUUCCCAAGAAAACUACCAAAAUCAAUCCCAAGGACAAUCACAUCUCUUUUCAGUGCGAAAGCAUGUGGGCUGUCGAAAAGAGGCUAGAGGAGAUGGGAAUGGAAUAUAUAAGGCAAAGAGUUGAAGAAGGGGGAAUCUUCGUCGAUCAAUUGUUCUUUCAUGACCCUGAUGGAUUCAUGAUCGAGAUUUGCAAUUGUGAUAACUUACCCGUCGUUCCUUUAUCUGGAUCGGAGACUAUUCGUCCUUGUCGAAGGGUUGGUAGCCUUCAGAAAAUCCAGACGCAAGGUUUAACAUCGAUCACAAGUACACAACACGAGCCCAAUUCUCCUUCGGUGAUUACAACAUGUUGAAGUGUACAAGACUUUAUUAAUUGACUAAUUCAUUUGAAGUUUAAGGUUAAGUAAUUAAUUGGGCAUGCAUAUAUGCAUGCAUCUAUUGUAUGUUAAUAAAUAAAAGUAUAUAUAUAU